UUGAAAAACAGUUGGUCACGUGAUACGGCAAUAUGGCUUCCGCAUAGUGAGACGCUACAAUAGGAACUAGCAACGCCGCAUGAGUGCAAAUAUUGAGCAAGACCAUACUGUUAGUGAUCCAUACCCUGGGAAAAAGAUGAAGUUACGCGUGCAACUGCAGUGUAAAAACCUUCAUGAAUACCUACGGGAGCUUAGCCCAGACGUUCUGGACCGUCUGUACAACCAUCCAGCCACCUGCCUCGCUGUCUACAGGGAGCUGCCCUCAUUGGCUAAGAACUACGUGAUGCGAAUGCUGUUCCUGGAUCAGCCCCUCCCACAAGCUGCUGUUGCAUUAUGGGUGAAAAAGGACUGUCAGAAGGACCAUGACGAGUGCGUGUCGGUGCUGAUGGGGUUGAGGAUGUGGCACAGCCAGCAGCUGCAGGGGGGGUUGCAGGGUCUGGUGCUCAACCCCGUCUUUAAGGACAACCUGAGGGUGGCGCUGUUGGGCGGGUGGGUGCUCCCGCGGCAUUCUGGAAACAGGCACAGACAUCCACACAAGCUGAUCGUCUCAGUCUCUCUCUCCCUCAAACAUCCACACAAGCUGAUUAUCUCUCUCUCCCUCAAAUUCCAACUCAAACUCGAAUUACAGAACUCCCAGCCCUACCUGAAUAACAUGACGGCAGUGGGCUGCAUGCUGGCUCUGGCGGCCGUGUUUGCGCUGGGGAUCGACGGGCUGCACGUGCAGCGCUCCGCCUUUCCCAUCGUCUGCCAGUUCCGGCUGUGGUUGCUGGGCCUUGGCUUCAGCCUGGCGUACGGCAGCAUGUUCACCAAGAUCUGGUGGGUUCACACCGUCUUCACCAAGAAGGACGAGAAAAAGGACAAGAGAAAGCAGCACCUGGAGCCCUGGAAACUCUAUGCCACCGUGGGGGUGUUGCUGGUCAUCGACAUCCUGUCCCUCAUGAUUUGGCAGAUAGUGGAUCCUCUGCACGUCACUAUCGAGGUUUCACCCAGGGAGGCGCCGAAGGGGGACCUUGACGUCCUGAUUCAGCUCCUGGAGCACUGCAGCUCUGAGAAGAUGAACACUUGGCUGGGAGUGGUCUAUGGCUACAAGGGUCUACUGCUGUUGCUGGGGAUAUUCCUGGCUUACGAGACCAAGUCGGUUUCCACGGAGAAGAUCAACGACCACCGGGCGGUGGGAAUGGCCAUCUACAACGUUUCGGUCUUGUGUAUGAUCACCGCUCCCGUCACCAUGAUCCUGUCCUCCCAGCAGGACGCCUCAUUUGCCUUUGCCUCCCUGGCCAUCGUCUUCUCCGUCUACAUCAUGGUGGUCCUCUUCGCCCCGAAGAUGCGCAGGCUGAUUACUCGAGGGGAGUGGCAGUCGGAGCAGCAGGAGACCAUGAAGACGGGCUCGACCACCAACAACAACGACGAGGAGAAAUCACGGCAGCUGGAGCGAGAGAACAAGGAACUGCAGAAGAUCAUACAAGAGAAAGAAGAGCGGGUGACCGAGCUGCGGAACCAGCUGAGUGAGCGGCAGGCCCUGCGAUCUCGGAGACGGCCCUCGUCCUCCCAGAACCAGAACCACAGCGCCCCUGCGCCCCCGGCCCCCCAGAACGACCCCAAAUCCCUCCUGCCUCCCCCCGGGUACCCCCUCCCUUCCUCUGACAACCACUCCAUCCCCCCCUCCUACUCCAACUCCUCCAGCCUCUACCAGUCCGACGGCAAGAUCAGUCUCAACAACUGCCACACCAGCCGGCUACAGCUGCUCUACAAGUGAGAGAGAGAGGGCAAGGGGAGGGGCUACAGAGGGGAAGGGAGGGGAGGGCUUAGCAGAUGAUGGAUGGGGUUUGUGAAAGAGGGGAGGAGCUUGGGGACGAAGGAACAGGAUUCUUUAAGACGUGGUCUUUAAGACGCAGACUGUGUCCCUCUCUCUGCCUUUCACCCUCCACCUUCUGUACUUGCUUAAUUCCCGGAUUCCCCACACACACACACACUCACACACACACACUCACACACACACACAACAACACACACACACACAUACACACACACACACACACUCACACACACACACAUAUACACACACACACUCACACACACACACAUACACACACACACUCAUACGUGCACACGCCCACGCACCCACGCACACACCUGGCUUGUUCCUGAACAUAAGACCAGUCCCGCCUAAUGUCAUUGUUUUUUACUCUUCUGGAAAAGUGCAAUAAGGUAUCUGGGUACAUGAUGGUGUGUGAGAACCACAAACCACAAAAUGGUUGCCCUGUUUAGUUUAGCAUGUGGUUGCGAAGUUGAUGGCCAUACAGGAGUUUAAUUCUCUAAUCAUCAUCUAUUUCUUCCAUGGUGAACUGUCAUAUUUUAGAGUUGAUUUAUGUUAGAAUUGCACAAUUUUCUCAAGCGUCUGGUCGGAGGCAUACUUGCCACGCCAUGGGAACCGAACAGCGCAAACGCCAGCAGUCCAAAUGACCAAAUAGGCAACAAGCACACAGUGGGGCAACAAUAGCACAAUUCUCCCUCCUCUCAGUCCCUGUUUGAUGAUGUCAGUAAUGGUGGGUUUAGGGAGGGAGGAGUCUUAUAACCUGGCAACCCAAAAAAACCGCCAACUCUCUGUGACGCCCACAGUGCUUCUCUGUCUGCUUUAAGCCAUGGACACUUUGACACACAAGGGGUCUUUCUUUAUGUGUGAAUGCACAUUGAACAUUGCUAAAUCAAAAGGUCUAAAGGUGGCAAAACACUGCCAUCUAGUGACAGACCAAGAGUAUUGUACAGGGAUUCGGGGGGGAAGGGGGUUCAAAGCCCGUUUCAUUUAUAUCCGCCACAGGUUUGAGAGCAACCAAUGGAGCACAACUAAUUAAUAAAAGGAGGGAGGAGGUUAAUUAGAUGGGCAGGCAGGCCAGUUUAAUUAUCGCACUCUAAUUACGAGCCUGAGUCACGAGUGACUCAACUGCAUUGUGAAAGUGUAACUAGCAAAGUACAACUUCAGAAAACAUCUUUCUGUUAACCUCAAAGGAAAACCCAGCCAGGCCAAAUUUGCAAUAACGUGUCAAUUUUAACUUCCCCAAUUCCUCACCGCCAGAGGUGGAAAAUCCAGGUUCAGAAAGUAAAAAUCCUCCCCAGUAUUUUAACUAGCACCUUUUUUUUUUUUUGGCCGGAAGUUAUGACUAAUGUGUGAAAUCAGUAGUAAACACACAGCAGGAUUUUUUUUCUUUCUUGCACUGUUCUCUCUUCCCUUUUCCCAAAGAAACUUCCCCGCCUCCUUCAUGCCAAGGCCUUGAGUAUUUCCACGGUGUUGCUACCUAAUAUGGAUGAAGCCACGGGUCACGGUUUCUUUCGUCCGGCCCAAAUUGCGUGUCCCGCUGUGCUUGUACGACACUUCCCUUUAUUUAUUUCCCCUCCCAAGCUGUAGCAGUCAUUCCUUCUCCCUCUGUCCAGAAGACAGAGGGCGUUCGCGAGGACAUACGCGGCCCGCCUGAGCGUCCGCCAUUCCGUGUCUGUUGUACAUGUUCGCCACGCGGUGUCUCCUCCUCCCCGCUCCGGCUUGAUUUUUCUGGGGCUUUUAUUUUGACAGCGGGGGUGCGAUAGGCUGAAUGGAGCGCACUCUUGAUUGCGUUACAGAGCGACGGUUUUUCACUCUGCUUCGCCCACAAUCCAUUUCUGCAACUGUGUAUUAACUGGAUAUCUCUGCCCUCACUUGCAGUGGAAGUGCCACACCUGCAACCUCUGAAACUAAAGCUCAGUUCACUAAAGAAUUAUAGUCCAAUGCCAGUCUUGAGCAUCACCUGUAUCGCCUGCAUAUCACCUUGUACAGUUAUUGCAAUAUUUAUUUCAAAACUAUGUAGCGUCAAUUUCACCAGAACGCGUGUGUGACUCCAAACAAUCACUUUCGAAAUUACUGUUUAGCUAAUAUCACCCUGAUAUAGAUAUCUCACAAGUAAACAGUGCACCAGUUAUUCUGAAUAAUGCGUUUCUUGAUUGUUUUGUUUUGGUCGGCCUUGCACCACAAGUUUGGACUGUCAAAAUAAAAGGCCUUUUUUUUGUCAAGCUCUUGAGUUUGCCUUUCUGUUCCUGUAAAAAAAUGUAUUAGCAGUUUGUGUUUAUGAACUGUAAAUGAGAAUAUGCAUACAUACAUACAUUCGUAUAUAUAUUUAUUGAUAAUGAAAAUGAUUAUAUAUCUCUUGCACAUAUAUACAAAUUGUAUUCCACUGUGGUAUAAAAAUAUUUAUAUUUAUUAUCGCAAUCCUUGUUGAAUUUUAAAAUGAUGUGGUUAUGCAAAACAAAUGAUUACUAUGGCAAAACAUACAAAAUAAACAUCGUUUUUCACAA